AUGUCGGUCUAUGAUUUCAAGGGCAAAGUUGCCAUCGUCACCGGUGCUGGCUCCGGCAUUGGGCACGGUGUAGCCGAGCUUCUCCUCCAAGCCGGCUGCAGUGUUGUCCUUGCCGAUCUCAAGCUCCAGCCAGCAGCAAAAUCAACACUCCAGAGCUAUCGAAUCUGCGACGAAAGUCCCGUGGGCGCAAUCUUCCACAAGACAGACGUGACGGACUGGUCUCAACUCACUUCUCUGUGGGAGACUGCCUUGGAAACAUUCGGAUACGUUCACAUCAUCGCCAAUAUCGCAGGUGUCUAUGAGCCACCGUUCAGUGACUUCUGGAGACCACCUGGGGUGUCACCUGAAUCUAGGGAUGCGCCCGAUGCAAGCCCGGGAUCGUACGCAACGAUAGCGAUCAAUUACAUAGCCCCAGUGCGGCUGGCGCAGUUGGCAAUCGAUUAUUGGUGCCGCAAUCCAGAUAUCAAGGGGAACUUUCUGGCUGUCUCGAGUAUGGCUGCUUAUGUUCACUCUUUGGCUAGCCCGCUGUAUAUGUCAAGCAAGGCUGGACUUGUGAGCUUUGUGAAGAGUCUGGGGGAGCUGAAUGAUCUUUUCGGUAUCCGUGUUUCUGCUGUGUGUCCUGGGGCUGUCGCCACCCCCUUGCUUGAAACGAGGCUCGGUGAUGCUGUCUCUGCAACAGGGGCGCUCACACCCCUGGAAUGUGCUGGUGUGAUUCUCCGCGUCCUCUCAGAGCCACAGUGGGGGCGAGGGAGCAUUGUGCAAACGACGAAGGCAGUCGACGAUCAAUUUACCAUUUUGGUUCGCGAUGUUGAUCUGGAGGUUUUGUACCCGAGUACUUUGGCUCCCCAGACCAUGAUGAACAAACUUGGCGAGAGUCAUCAAACUCUUGUUUCACGGCUUAAAGAGAAGGGAAUGCAGCCUUGA